AUGUCCGAACCGCUAUCAUCGCCUUCACCGGAAUCAUCAUCUUCACCAGAAUCAUCAUCGUCAGCAUUAUCACCAACAUCACCUUCAGCAUCAUCUUCAUCCCCAAAAAAACGAAAAAAGAAUGAGAAUUCUACCUCACACAAACUAAAGAAAAUGAAAUAUCAACUAUUGCUGGAGAAAGAAAAAACAAAACAGGAGGAAGAAAAAACAAAACGCGAAAUAGAAACAGAAAAAGAAAAAACAAAGCAGGAGGUAGAAAAAACAAAACGUGAACAAGAAAAAACUAAACAAUUACAAUUAACUCACAAAUCUACAUCCAACCUAUCAACUCACUCAUAUGCUAGUAUUUAUAAUUCAAAAAAAAACCAACACCACAUUACGGUUGUCGAUGAAAUGGAACUCAAGAACUGGAUUACCCAUAGCCAGGGCCCUCCAUCCUUCCUUUCGGAUGGCUACACUUCUUUGGUUUUUGAAGUACCUGAUGGAAGGGUUGCUAAAAUAUGUAAAACGCCCGUUUAUACUAAUUUGUUUGAGAACGAAUAUCAAACGUUGAAUACUCUCAAAAGCUAUAAUAUUGAUGUCCCUCAAGUAGAAAAACUAUGUGAAGGAGUUUUACAAAUGGAAAAAUUUAAUUGCAUAGAAGAUACAGAUACCCCAACCAAACAAGAAUGUUUGGACUUAAUAGACUUAUUGCAAAAGGUUCAUUCAAGGGGAAUUUGCCACAGAGAUAUUAGACCUGAUAACAUUAUGAAGAAUGGAAAUGAUGGAAAAUUAAUAUUUAUUGAUUGGGGCUUUGCAUGUAAAGCUGACGAAAUGACACAGUUUGCCGGAACAGUUUCAUUUUGCGCAGAUGAAUAUUUAGAAUGUAUUGUUCAUCCUCAUGGUUUCAAAUCUUACAAAACAAAAUAUGAUUGUGAAUCGUUAUUGAAGACAUUUUGUUAUUGGGCUUCUAGCAAAAAAUUUCAUUCCGUUUCUAGAAAUGAAUUUGACAAAGCAAGAGAAGCAAGAAAUUUUUGGCGGCAGUUCGAUGAACUUAAUUUCAAGACCAUUGUUUAUCAGAUAAGGAAUGGCACUGACCCGUACGCUGCACUAAAGUCAUUCUGGCAAAACAACACUAAUCCUUCCUUCUGA